UCUCUAUUUUAUUUCAUUGCACAAAUCCAGAGGGCAAAAAGGCACAACGUAAGAAUACAUUAGCAGUGCUUGAUUCACGUAAAAACCACAGUAUCUUUCAUGUGCUAUAGUUUACGUUUGAUGAUUACAAUCUUGGAAGCAUCUACAGCGAUUUCCUAGUCACGUGAUCAACUCACAUCCUGGGCUGUGGACAUCUGCAAAAUGGAGGACCGUGAAGCUAAAGAGCCCGAGCAGCUCAGGAAGCUGUUUAUUGGAGGCCUGAGCUUUGAAACCACUGAGGAGAGUUUACGGGCCCAUUUCGAACAAUGGGGAACUCUGACGGACUGCGUUGUGAUGAGGGACCCCAACAGCAAGCGAUCAAGAGGCUUUGGCUUCGUGACGUAUGCCGGUGUGGAGGAAGUCGACGAAGCCAUGCAAGCAAGGCCCCAUAAAGUAGAUGGCCGGGUGGUAGAACCAAAGCGGGCCGUGUCCAGAGAGGACUCCAACAAACCAGGCGCCCAUCUGACAGUGAAAAAGAUCUUUGUCGGUGGCAUCAAGGAGGACACGGAGGAGUUCCACAUUCGGGAGCAUUUUGAGAAAUAUGGAAAGAUUGAAUGUAUUGACAUCAUGGAGGAACGCUCUACUGGAAAGAAGCGAGGAUUCUGCUUUGUCUCCUUUGAUGACCAUGACACUGUAGACAAGAUUGUUGCCCAGAAAUUCCACACAAUCAACUUCCACAAUUGUGAGGUCAGAAAAGCGCUCUCAAAACAGGAAAUGAGUGCGAUGUCCACUACCAGGGGAAGGAGUGGAGGCUCUGGAAACUUUAUGGGUAGAGGAAGUAAUUUCGGAGGUGGUGGCAACUUCGGGCGAGAUGACUACGGUGGAGGACGUGGUGGUUAUGGCGAUGAUUAUGACAAUGGUCCCGGAGGAAAUUAUGGUGGAGGACCAAGUUACGGAGGUGGCCGAGGAGGCUAUGGAGGUGGUGGUCCAGGGUAUGGCAACCACGGUGGUGGAUUUGGUGGCAACUGUGAUGGAGGUUAUGGAGGCAAUGACGGAGGAUAUGGAGGAGGUGGAAAUUACAAUGACUUUGGAAAUUAUGGUGGACAACAGUCUGGCAACUAUGGACCCAUGAAGGGAAACAACUUUGGUGGCAGAAACUCGGGCGGAGGAGGACCCUAUGGUGGUGGCUAUGGCUCUGGCGGCGGCGGCGGUGGCGGCUAUGGCUCGCGGCGAUAUUAAUUAUUUCGUGUUUUGGCUUCAGUUCUUAGCAGGAGAGGCGAGGAGGUGAGCAAAGGAAAGGAAUUGUCAGGAAAAGCCGCAGGUUACUUUGAGGCAGUCAUCUGAGAGCAUUAGAGGAACACAAAAGUCAGACAUUACUGCAGCUAAAUCUCAGAAGUUUAUGGAAGAAGGACUGUAAACACAAGACAUGAGUUCAGAUGAUACUCUUCACCUCAUUGUGAUAGAUGUUUCCCUACCCAGCUAUUUUUCCUUUUGUAAGUUUGUGUAUUGUGCCUAUGGUAUCACGGGUAAAGAGUAAAUUGUUUUUUUGUUCUUUUUUGUUAUCUGAAGUCAGUUCUUAAGAUUUUAAUUACAUUUUUUUGAUAUGGGUUAGUUUCCUUCUGGUCAUUUUCUUUUGUCUUUUAACCUGGUUUUUGUCACAUAGAAUAGUUAAAUCAGGACCUCAGAAGAGCUGGAAUUACUUUGUUUUUCUUUCUUUCUGAAGAUAUUUUGAUUGCAAGUGUCAAGUGUAUUUUAAUUUUGUAUGUGAAGCACAGUGUGUAAAUCCUUCGUAGUACCAGUAUCAACAAACCUAAGCAGCAUGGGUUAGACUCAAGGGAAUCCGUCACUUUUUGUUGCCAGAAAACAGAAUACUAGAUUGUGCGAAUAUUUUGAUUAGAAGUAAAAGACUGAAUAAAAUUGUGUAGUAAAGUAACAUGAGGUUCAGUGCGUCAUUGGUUCAGAACAAUGCAGUUCAAAUGAGUUUUUGAUGACAUAUUGCCUGCAUAUUGUAACUGAGGUUUAGCAGAAAGUCCUGUCCACAACUUUUUCCUCCUCUUAGGGGGGGUAAUGUAUGUACUUUAUUUACUUGUGAAAAGGGAGUUUUUGGGUAGUCCCAGGGCAGUGGUCCACACACCGCCCAUACCAGUGUUGAGCAAAUAAGAUUAUUUCACCCGCAAGCACCGGCAGUUGGGCCCUCAGCAUCGCUAGUGUGGAAGAUUGCAGAUGACUGUCAGACAGGACGCCUUCGGCCUUCGGCCCCAGCACAGUGGACCAGUCAGCAUUGUGAGAGGGAAGGGAGAAGGCAGCAUCGAGCACAUCGUCCACGGAGGAAGCUCGCAGAGUCGUUCCUGGUAGUGAGCAACUGUCUCUUUCAAGGUUAGCUAAAGACCUCCAGCAGCUGAUGCUGGCGAAGAAAGACUAGUCCCUGGACACAUUGGAGAUCCCGUUGAGGCAGAUAUACCCGAGGUUUUUACCCGCAGGUGCUAGAUUACAGACAUUAACGAGAAAAGGGAGUGAGUAUUUCACAAAAGGCUAAUCUACGAAGAUGAUGCAGGUAAGAGUAACCACUUUGCUUGAUUUGCAGAUGUGGAAAGAGGCAUUCUCUUCUUGCUGAAAAUCUGUAGAGACCUGAUAACAUGGAAGGUUCUGGAUGGGUAAGACUUUUUCAAAAUAUUAUCCAAGGCUGCUCAUAUUGUAAUGUCACAGUGCACACGGUGAUUCUACAAGGUGCAAGGGUUCUUUUAAGGAAAACAAGCCAAAUGCCAUCCGGUGUUACUUUGACCAGAAUGAGCCUGUGACCUUAAACGCACUGCCUGGUAUAUCUUGAAGGCCAAAAUGUGUUUACAUACAAUUAAUCUUGAUAACCUUGAUAGUGAUGUUACGCCCAGGUAGGAAUGAAACAAUGAAACAGUGUUCAUAGGCACUCCAACCUUCUACAAUUUAAUACACCUUUAUAUGGUAGACUUUCUUUUGUUUGUUAAAAGAUUUUUUUUUAAUAUACGUUAUCUUUAUUACUGAGAUUAUUUAUAGUUAACGAUGGUGUUUUAACAGACAAUAUUGUAAUACGUUUUCUCAUUUUCUGUCCUCUGUAUCAUAUAAGAAAGGGACCUAAUUCCAGUAUCAAAAAAGGACAUUAUAAUCUUCGUCGAAGUAUAUUUAAUAGUAGCAGAACAGAUGUUUUUCAAUUACAUUCAGGUUAUUCAGGGUUACAUAAAAGUGGCCACUGUGUUUUAUACAACGAUGAUGUCAAGCUAUCUGUAGACAAAUAAGGUCCUUAUCAGUCUGCGUAAAUGAGCCGCACUUAACGCAAGUUACUUGCAUAUAGCUGCAAAGGGAAGCCAUAUAAGUAUGAUGCAAGGUGUGUUGUGGUGCACUUGCAUAAGCUAGUUAUAAUGCAACGUGAACCAUCAACGUCUUUGCAAAGAAUGAAAACAAAAUGUAUGUAUGAAAAAACUUACUUUAAAAGCAGUCAAACAAACGCAUGGAAAAGUCAACAAACCAACUUUAAACACUAGUUUGACAAACAGAAAAUGAAGAGUAUUUAGUUUGUACUUUGUCCAAGAAGUUUAAGCAUAGAUCAUUUAUGAAAAACUAAAAGAAGUGCUGCCAAUUAUUCCAAACUAAGUUAAAUAAUAACUGACUGCACUGUUUGCAAUUCCAGUUCAAGCAAUGCCAGUUUUAAAUUAAGUAAUUAAACUUAGUACGUUUAAACAUGCACUCUAAAUACAAAUCUUAAAGAAUACAUUUCGGAUAAUAUAACUUCUUUCCGAUCAUAUCGGCGUCUCGUCGGCAGCUGUAAAAUGACCGUGAUGAUCCUUGAGUCCGUCAAGGAUCACGUCCCCUAGAAUUGCUUCUUUCUUUUUUUAUUUUUUUUAAAUGUCCGUACGCUCUGUUAAGACUCCACGCGGGUCGGGCAGAACAGGGAGAAAGCUGCGCCUGUUAUGCCUCUCAAUCAGUUGAAGGAUAGGGUUUCUGCAGAGGAAUGUCAAAGGACCCACGCAAUCCCACAGAAUCCAGCUGUGUGCUUGGCAAAAAAAAAACACCGCCGUGUCCAACUAUGUUGCCUAAACAAUAACGCAUGUCAAGUGUUUCUCCUUCUCUUUAAAUAAAUAUAUUUUCCACGA